AUGGAUACCAAUCCCACCUACAACUACUUCGGGGCGACUGUCUUCUGGCUCUACAAUGUCGCAGCACUCUCGUUUACAGCCAUUGUCCUCGUCACCAUCGCCCAACUACCGGCGCGUAGAUAUCCUGGGCGUCAAUCACCGGCGCGGGUAUUCAUUACUUUGGCCGGCAUCAGCUUUACCGUGCUGUCUGUCAACAUGCUCCAUGUUCUAAUUCAGUCGUACUAUGAGUGGAGUCAGACCAUCUUCGGCCGGCUCGCUGUCGAGAGAAACGGCAUGUUGCGGAGCAUCUGGACGUGGUCCAUUACUUCGACCCUAUUUCGCGACUUCGGCGAAGCAAUCGUCGCAGACCAGGCACGGUAUGUCUGGACGCUCAGUGCAUUAAUCGCCACCAUGUCAGUCUCCACGUAUAUGGCCACUGAAGGUCGGAGGCAGCAGGUUCCAAGGCUAUGGGCUUUCUUCGCCCUAGCCCAAAUUCUGCCAAUUUCAUUCACACAGAACCUGUUCUACGUUGCACUAACACGCCAAGGCCCUGCGACAACGCAAGUUGAUGUCAGGCCGACUUCAUUUGCAGUGGCGUUCGCUCUAUACGCUCUCGGCCUGUCUGUCGCUCCAGGGCUGGCUGGGACGCCCUGGUUGAUACCACUCAUCGUAGCUGCUAGACUGCUAUUGUUCGUGCAACUGGCCCUGGUGAAGACUCGAAUCGGUACUGCUCGUUCGGAACUCAGUCAACUGGUUCAGCGGCCUAUAGCCUUUGUAGGCGGUAUCCUUCUUACACGUCAAGUUUACUUGGCAAGCCGAUCGCAUACGAUGACGGAGAUUGCGAAAGCGGUCAUUAGCCACCCGGCGGUGAGCUCGUUGGGCUUCGACUUUGUGCUGUCUGCGCUCAGCCUGUCAAUCUGGAUAGCCUUGACAACGCGGGAAGGAGAAGAUGAAACUGACGCAGACAAGAAGAAAAACAGAUAA